GUAACCAGUUUCCUGAUGAACACAAGAACACAUCUGGUCACUCACAAUCUGCCUUUGACCUAUUUCAGGUCUAAGUCGCUCACUGUAGACUGGGGGGAAAAAUCUGAUUCAGAGGACAAAUGUGUUCUUCCUGAAGGCCAUUUUAUUAGGGCAAGAGGAAGAAAGAUUAAAUACACAGGGAAGUUUGGUAGCAGAAAGGAAGUGGAGAGGAAGUGAAUGUGGAGACCAUGUGAAGAGAAAUAAGGAAACUAAAAGGGAAGAAAAGACAGGAAAAAAAAAACCUAAAAUAUAAAGCCAACAGGAAUAAGGAAAGGGAGAUUGAUCUAUUGCUGAGAAAAAUUCUCUUUAGGAAUUCUGCACCUCGAAGUUGCACAUGGCACGGAAGAUGGAAAGGAUACAGCAGAUGCAGCCGGCGUGACCCUUCUGGACCAGAUGUUCAACCUAAUGACAGCCUGGGCCCAGGUGCUGAUGGCCUCUGGCCUGGUUUACUUCAUCCAGCUUCCUGGGGCCAGGGGCGAGGAGAACUGUGUCAACACUGAACAUUGCCUGACUACUGACUGGGUGCAUCUCUGGUAUAUAUGGUUGCUGGUGGUGGUUGGCGCACUGCUUCUCCUGUGUGGCCUGACUUCAGUAUGUUUCCGAUGCUGCCUGAACCGUCCAGAAAAUGGAGAAAAUGAGGCCCCACCACCUUAUGAAGUGACUGUUAUUGCUUUUGACCAUGACAGCACUCUCCAGAGCACCAUUACAUCUCUGCAGUCUGUGUUUGGCCCUGCAGCUCGGAGAAUCCUGGCAGUGGCUCACGCACACAGCUCCUUGGGCCAGCUGCCCUCCUCUGUGGACACACUCCCAGGCUACGAAGAAGCUCUUGGCAUGAGCCGCUUCACAGUGGCAAGGUGUGGGCCGAAAGCUCCUGAUUUACCCUCCGUCCCAGAGGAAAAGCAGCUGCCUCCCACAGGGAAGGAGUCUCCUGGGACAGAACCUCCGUCACAAUGAUGGGGAUGCUGAUGGUAUUCCUGAUAUCCAAGGCAUCCUCAGAUCUGGAAAGAUCCCCAGAUACAUUAAAUGCUUUCUUUUCAACCACCCAGAAAAGUUCAGGAUGCCAUGUAGACAUUUUUCUGUGAACAAGGUGGGUUCUCACUCUUCAUUCAUAGCGAUAUGCUUUUUCUGACACACACAUUUCUAAUUGAAUUCUAACUCGUUACUCAAAGUUCAAAGUUUGCAACUUACCUUUAGCUAUAUUGAUUACUACCAAGGCAUGGAACAUUAAGGUGUCUUGAAUUUCUUCAACUAUGGCAUGUGUAUAAAGUUCCUUUAACCCUAUAAUCCUGCAAAUUGCUCUUACGUCUGCUUGACUGUGGUAAUCUUGAAGGGAAACACACUUAGAACACAGCCAGUGACAUAGGUGCACCAAGUCUUUCCAUCUAGGGAACAACCACCAUUAUGCUGAACAACCACGGCAACCUGGUACACCGUACAAUCCCCACCUGGACUUACAGACUGCACAGCUGGUGGUGCUGAUAUGAGGGGAGAGGCUAUACUAUAGCAUGUGCCACAUGUCAAAACCUUUCUAUCAUUUUGGUCUUACCCACAAGUGUGAAACAUUAUACAGAGUGCUAAAGUGGUCCUGGCAGCUUUUCAGUGUUUUGUCCUGCAAACAUACACACACACAUACACACACACACACACACACACACACCACAUGUGCACGCACACACACAAAAGCACAUACAUACAAGCACAUACUUGCUCCCAUGCACACAUGUAUACACAUACACAUACACAGAUACAUGAGUACACACACACACACACACACACACAUGCACACAUUCUUUUUAGUCUCUGAAAGAACGCCUUGCUCUGCUUCUUCUUCUUCUCAGGAUGUAAAGCCUUCACCAUGUGAAGUCUAGAGUGACUUAGCCUGGCUCUCGAGGUGGGUCUUGCUGCCAUCUAGUGGAACAAUAAUUGAAAAUGCACUUCAUUGAGGUCAUGUGCACCUUUCCAAUUCUCAGUGCUGCUCUAAGCCUGGAUCUUAAAAUGAGUGCCAAGCUAUUCUGGUCAAGUCCUACCUUCUGAACUACUGUCAUUACAAUCAAAGCAGUGAGAUGUUCUCUGGAAAUAAACUACUUAGAGUUACUCAAAUCCUGGAAUAAUGAUUUUCUCAUCUGUAAAUUAGAUAUCAUUGUGCACAUCCAAGAACACGUAUAUCCAAGUGAUGAUUGGUAAAAUAUUACGUGUUAUUUUUCCUGUUGUCAUCUGUUCUUCAGUGGCCUAUGAUGCCUUCACUGAGAAUUAUGUUCUGUUUGUCCUUUUGCCUGUCUGCAGUGUUAUUGUAAAGCUAUCGGUAAAGAGCCCCUAUUUUAUCAA